CAAAGUACAUAAAUUUUUGUCUUAGGAGCCCGGAAAAUGGAAAAAAUUUGACAAACAAAAUCAGUAAACCGGUAAUUGCAUUUUAAGAUUCCAUUCGUGGAGACGAAGUUUUAUUUCGCAAGUUUAUUUAGUGUCCUUUAUACCGAAACGAAUAGAUAAAAGAUCAAAAAGGAAACAAAAUGCCUUUAUUUAUGUUAGUAAUAUUAACCUUUCUUACGGCUGCGGUGCUUUCGCAAAAUCCGGAGCCCAUAAUUGCCAAUAAAGUCAAUUAUUUGGAGCUUGGUAAAUUAUAUACAUAUAAGCCGAAGAGAAGCUUUGGUCCAUUCGCUGAUGAUAAUUUGCAUACUUUUUGUUAUCGUGCCAAAGACAAAACGAUAAGACGUUUAUUUGAAACUGUUGAGUUGCGGCUAAAUAUUGAAGGUGACAAUUAUAAACAGUAUGAUGGCGCCACGCCGGAGGAAGUCCGAAAGCAUUAUAAUCAAGAACAAUCAUUAUUUAGCUUUACUUUAUUCUCCCAAAAACGUGUACGUUUGCAUUUGUCACCGUUUGUCUCCAGUUGUUUAGGUAUGGCGUCUCAGAAUCCCUACACUUUAGAGCUGAAAAUAUUGCGUAUAGAUUUUUGGCGAGUUAUACAGCUGUUGUUAGGCUACUUGGUGUUUCAAUAUGCCAGCAAUUUAAGCCAUAAUGCAAUAUUUUAUUAUGUGACGGGAAUUGUCUUGGGUGUAUUCUCGUCGUUUAUGCUGCUCAUAUGGUUGACUAGUAAAUUAGUACCAAGACGCCCUGCCAUGUAUGGUAUUUUAAUAGGCGGUUGGACCGUAGGCUUGUGGAUGAUACAGCUACUAUGGGAGCAUAUGCAAGUUAUUAUGGUUACAUACAGAACCUAUGUUUUCUGGUAUAUAAUGAUAACUGGUUCAAUAUCUUUCAUUGUUUGUUAUCGUUGGGGUCCGCCAACUAACCAACGUUCUAAGAACAUCAUAAAAUGGCUCUUACAGUUGGCAUCUCUUACUAUGAUUUACUUUUCAAGCUUUUACGAAGAAGCAACAUCUGUAUUUAUUAUAACCGUAGUUGCGUCAAAGUGCUUUCCGAAAUCACUUUGGUAUAAAUGCCGCUCUUACUGGUUAAGAAAAUUUCCACCUAAAGUUCGUUUACUAACACUUGAAGAAUUUGAUGAGCAGGGUGUUAUUGAGACAAACAAAGCUUUGGAAGAUCUUCGGAAAUAUGCGGCUAGCCCCGAUUGCAAUCAGUGGAAGAUGAUGACUAAAUUACGCGAUCCUUGUCGUUUUGCGGCUUUUGUGGAGGGAGCCUCACAUUUAAAACAUGAAGUUUUAUUUUUCGAAUCUUUAAAAUAUUCCGAUGCUGAUGACGAAAAUAGUGAUAUUAGCAUGGAUGAAAGCGAGAAUGAGGAAAAUCUGUGUAAGAGCAAUACCGGACAUGCCGAUGAAGACAUAUUAAGCGAAGAAGACGAAUAUAGUCAUGCUAGUGGGGACUAUAAGUUUCGAAGUCUACGUGCUUCAACGAAUAAUCGUACGCCUAGUGUUGACAAUGAACCAUCUACCUCACGACGUUCGUUAAUGAGACUGAGGCAACGACUGCUCGCACCAAAUUUAAGAUCGCAACAAUAUUCAAUAACUUCCCACAACAUCACACCAGGUAGUUCCCCCUUUACUGUGAAUGAUAAUGGAUACUCGUCGCGUACAAUACCCUCCUAUAUGUAUAGAGUAACAUCGAUACAUGAGCACCGUAGUACGAAUGAAUUUGAUGAUAACGAUAUGUAAAUGUUCGCGCUUAUUUGCUGCGUAGGGAUCUUGAACAACUCUCUGCAGUUGUAGGAUAUAAGCAGUGGCAAGCUUUUUAUAUCGUCGUUGUUUUUUUUCGUUCCUUUUCAAAAUUUGCGAUCGUCAUUAAAAUAAUUUUAUAGCUUUUACAAUAUUUCCGCACAACUUACUAAUAGUUCAUAAGAGUGGACCCAUCUCGUAAUUUUAUUUAUUUUAUAUUUAUUCUAACGCAGUGGUCAAUAAUUGGCCAAAUUGACAAAUAGACUUUGUAUCUGUAGAAUAAUUUAUUUCGGUUUUGGAAGUGCAUUCGCUGUCUUGCGUGAAAUUUGGGAAUAAGAGAAAAGUUUUCCAAAUGAGUAACGUAUUUGAUCGUUGUGGAACAAGUACAUAAUUACCGCAACACGUAAACUCCAGUGCGAAAUUGCAUGAAAUUAAGUUUAGCUAGUUAACUGUGUAUGAUGUAUAUAUCCGUAAUGAUGAGUCCAUCUGUCCUUGGUGAAUUUCUUCAUAAAAUUUAAUCAGUAUAAAUGUGCAUUUGGCAUAAUAAUGUAUUUUAGAAAAUAUAUUUGUCAUUUUGUAAAUUAGUUGCAUCUGAUACAUAUACUGUAGUGUUUGAGGAGCAUACGGGUAUAUCGGUAAAGAUCUUGAUACAGUUAACUGAUUAAAACGUUGCGAUACGAACCGUAUGUUCCAGAUGGUGUCAAGUGAUUACUAUUUGUUUGCAAAUUAAAUGGGGAAUGCCUCAGGAACAAGUUAUGAGGUUAGUGCGGGAACAGAAACAUAUUUUAAACUUAUUGGUUGAUAUAUCAUUUUUCUACAUAAUUUGUCAUUUAUUUUUACUUUUCAUGUAAAAUAAUAGAAUUUUGUAAUAAAAUAUUUGAUAGUUGUAAAAA